AUGGAAGUUAAAGGUCUUUGGGGGAUCUCCACUACAGGUAAAACAUGCAUUAUCUCCUGCCUCCACCACCCCGCGCUGUGCGGCCCGUCGCCUCCUGCCUCCACCACCCUGCGCUGUGCCAAACGUGCCUACACCACGAGUCCCUUGAGAAGCCUGCUAGCUAGCCUCCUGCCCAAGGACUAUGGGACAUAUACAAAUACCCUGUUCAGGAGUUAAACCUCCCCAGCCACCAUUAGUAGCUUGUCCUGGUUGCCCCUGGUUCGGCACUUUACCUUCAUGCGAAUGGAACCGAACAAUGGUUUUCUGGUGGCCAUUCGCAUUAAACCAAACCCACGAAUAGUCCUUGUAACAUAAGCCCUGUCGUGGAUUACAAAAUUAUUGCCGUUGAAACUCUUGUUGCAAUAUCCUGCACCUAAUAACACAUACGAAUUUAAAAACGAACAAACCAUAUGUAAUUUGUUCAUAUACCGAACAGUUUGCUGAACAUUAAGCCAGUCGUGUGGAUGCCACUGACUCAUUUGAUUCUAUGCCAAACCGCAACUCUAACGUUCUAAGUGGUUCACUGGAUCAAUUCAUAUGCACGAACACGUGGCGCCGGCCGUCUUGUUUUGUCAAACGUGUCCAGUGGGAUUUGGUCGUCGAGUGUAUGGAACUAUUUUCUGACACUCGAUCUCCCGACCACCGCUGAGACUUCCAGGACCAGUCAGAUUCUUGAUAAUCCAUCCGAAGGUGGCAUUCGGUAGAAAGAAUAUAUGAAUGAAGCAGCACACGACCAUCACACUGUAUUUCCCUGUGCCCAACAAGAUCCACCUGGGUGGCAACCUUGUUGGGAAAGUUGCAUAAAGAACCAGCCUUGGCCAUUAAAGCUUCAGAUCUGCUUAACCCUUAACACGUAGCCUUGUCUCGUGCUUGUAGGGAACCUGCUUCACAACUAAUCACUAGCUCUUGUAAGAGCUCUAUUACACCUCCAAUUACUGGUUCGGCUGAGAUGACAUUAGGAGAAUAUAGCAACACAACUCCUCUCAAGGGAAAGGGCGUCUCUAACGGCAUACAGCCCUCUGAUACUCAGGGUGGCUGUUACAGUCCUCAGCGGUACUUAGCCGCGAUAGCUUUGGAACUGAUUUCGGCAUGAGGACUUCUUGGGUUCCUGGUCACCUCAGCGGGACUUAGCCACAACUGAUAUGGAACUCUUUUUCAGGAUAAGGUUACCGUGCGGUUCCCAGACAACUUGGUUCGCAGUUUUGAACCUCUUUGAAAUCCGACCAGGAGAGCACUUUUUGGAGGGAAAGUGCCUGAGGCUAAAAUGCACAAACCGUAACUGAGAGCCAGGAGUAACACCCCGUAUUGUGGCUGCAGGAGCUCCAGAAAGGCCAAAGCAUGUUUCCCAUAUGCUGCAUGUAUCUGAGCUCUAUUUAGAGAACCAGGGCGCUCAGAUCGGGGCUAUUUGGGGAUGUAUUAUUUGCAGGGUUAUUUUAUGUUUUUACGAUGUUUUGGGGUAUUUUUGUGUUUUGUUUGCCUCUCUGUUCCUGUGAUAUAAUUAUCUCCCAGGCACAGAGAUUUAUGGGAUGGGCUUGUCUUGCAUUGAAUGGAGACCCCAUGCUGGAGGCUGUGUAUAAAAGCAGACAACUUGGCCAUAAUAAAUCAUUUCCUUUACACGCCUCAUUCAGUCUGGACUAGUGUUUGGGUGUACCAGCUAUACAGCUAUACUCUCUGCAGGAGAGCUUAAUCACUUGAAACUGUACCCAGGACACUGAAGCGAUGGAGAGAUCCCAACCAAGCUGCGGUGGCUAGGGGCUAAAGCACUCCUGUGUCCCAGAUGAGAGCUAUGAAGCGAGCUUGACAGAGGUAGCCAGUCAGGGUGCCAGGCGGUCCGUCACAUCCGCAAUCCUAGAUUUUUCGAUCAUUCUGUUCUCCAUAGAUUAUUUUGCCUUUUCUUUACUUUGUAUCGUAUGAAGAUUCAUUAGUUCAUUCCAUGUUCCUCCACGUCUUGCUCUCUACAGCUCUGUGUUCUACCUCUCUCUCCUCAAAGGUAGAUGUUGUAGAAUUACUACUUGCAUUCUAAAGGCUAGAAAAUCAUCAUGGGAGUUGUAGUUCUACAACAUCGGAGGAUGCUUAGCCCAGCCCUAUGUCAUAUCUACCAUAGUCCUCCACCCUGCUCCCACCUGUUACUCCUGUAUUAUGUCACAUUGCCCCUUGUGCACCCUUUCCUUCAUCAUUCUAAACUCUGCCUACAGGUGCUUCUCCAUUCGACAUGACCCCCACACAGAGGGCUCAGCAGAUUUCAGAGUUGACAGAGAGGCAACGAGAACUGCAGGAUUCUCUGAGACAGAAAGUUAUCGAGCUCCGGAGACUGUGUCUGCAGGAAGCCGUGAGUCAUUCCGCUGUGCAUUACUCCUCACGUCUUACUCUCAGCCCCUUCAUCAAUCCUCUCCAUCCCCAUCUAUCCCUCCCUCUCAAACUUCCCCCGUUUCCCCUUCAAAAAGUAGGGCUCUGCCUUUCUCAUCAUAUGUUCUGAACAACCACCCCCAUCCACUGAACUACUGGGACUCCCUCUUAAUCCGCCCCCCCCAUCCACUGAACUAUAGGGACUCCCUCUUAAUCCGCCCCCCCAUCCACUGAACUACAGUGACUCCCUUUUAAUUCUCCAUGAAUUUAUGGGACACCAUCUUGAGUACAAUACAAUACCCUGAACAAGUGGAGUGCUUUUUAUUCCAAGAACAAGUAUGGUAUCUGUCUUCAGUCAGUGGUGUGAAGCCCAGUGUCACCGUUAGUGCAGAAUAUUUUCUGUGUGUGGUGAGGUAUUCAUUUGAACUUGAUUGGAACUGAUAUACUGAUUGCAGACUCGAACACAGCUUGAAUUUGAAACUUGGUAGUGCCCUUUCAGUAAUAUUUAGGGUUCCUGCUCUACGAGCUGAGAUGUUGGGUGACCUCACCCCCUGUUUGGGUACCCCUGGCUACCAACUAAUAACCUCCUGUAUUGACGCAGGAACUGACUGGCCACUUACCCCCUGAUUACCCCCCGGAGUAUGGAGAACCUGCUCCCAUGGUGACACGACGUCCGAGAGCAGCUUACAGAGUCACCGCAUCCACUGUCACCAGAAGCGAGGUAGGUCUUCCCUCUGUCUCCAACCCAAUUCCACCUAUGCCCCCCAUGGGUCACUCACUCUUCUCUAUUCCUCUGCCAGGAGGUGCAGUUGGAGCGCUUAGAAAGGGACUUUGCUCUGCAGCUUCAGAUGGCGGAAGCUGCUCGGAAGCUGAGCAUGGCGGCAGAACAAAGUGCAGAGCUCACAAUGGAACAGCGAAGGAAGCGGAGGCUCGUGUACCUGGAUGCUCUGCGAAGGCUGCAGGAACUAGAAGAACAGAGCAACAAUCUACGCCGAAAGCUGGGCAUGAGACCGAUCCAACGCGUUCCACACAGUUUGUUUGGUAAGCACAGGAUCCAUUACUUUAGCCUAAGGAAGGGAGAUUCCAUUACUCUGGGUGAGGGAGGGUAGGUUCCAUUGCUCUGGGUGAGGAGAGAGAGUGGGUUCUGUUGAGGGGCAGAAGGUUCUAUUACUCUAGGGGGAUGGAUGAAGGUUCCAUUACUCUGUAGGGAGGGGGGAUAUUCCAUUUAUCUAGGAGGGAAGGAAAGAUUUUCUUACUCUCUGUGCACAGGGAAGUCAUUUUUACUCUGGGAGAGAACAUUUUGUUACUUUUUGUGGGGAGGGGGGUUAAUUACUCCAACAGGAGAGGGAAGGUGGUUUUGGUACAUGUGGUCAUCUUUGCACCACUCCAGGGUUCUGUUUCUUCUGGUAUUUCAGAUGAAGUUUUCCAAUCUGAGUGCAGCUCCAAGCCCGAGGCCACGAAUCACGGUGAGGGGCCCAGAGACCAGUAAGAAUUUAAUGUACAGAGCAGUUUCGGCUCCCAUCUCACUCUUCUCUUUCCCAACAGAAGAUCUUGCUCCGGUUAUGAGACAGUCACCUCCGCGAAUUUCUGAUCACUCCCGUGCUGUGUCUAGCAGUCCAGAGCGUCGAGUGGGAUGGAAGGCCGUGCCACUGGAAAUGUACUGUGAGGUGCAUAAUCGGCGUAACUCUAUGGCCAGCUCCUCAAGGUAACUGUGAAGGAGUGAGGACACCGAGAACUGAGCAGGUUAGGUUAGGGCAUAGGAAGUCAGCUGAGGGUGCAUAGAACAUGGCUAGCAUAGCGGGUAAGAUGGCUUGAGGAAGCAGGUAGUGGAGCUACAGAUGUGAAUGAAUAGUAGAGGUAAGGUGUGGACGUGGGUAGGUGGGUUAGGGAGAGCCAAGCAGAUGGGGAAGGUGAUGCCUAUAGUCAGGGCCAGAUUUAGUCUGUGAAACCACAAAGGUUAUACGUGUAGACUUAAUGCUUUGGCGUCUAAAUUCCAGAACUAAAAUUUAUCCAUUUAGAGUGCAGAGAUAAGGACAGCACUAACCAGUAACACAUUGUGUGGUUAUUGUACCAGGAGUGCCCUGCUGCACCUCCCCUUUAAUAAGUAAUUGUUGAGCAUUUGUGUGGUAUGGUUGUGUGUGUGUGUGUAUUAAGCUGGCUGAGUGUGGGGUGUGUGUGUGUGUGUGUGUGUGUGUGUGUGUGUAUAAAGUUAUAUGUUAAUUCAGCAUUGACUUUAGCUUCCCCACACAUUUUUAUAAUUUAAACAAUUUAAUAAAAUUAAUAAAACAAAACACCCUUUUUAUGCCCUUUCUGCAGGGAGGGUUAUAAUCUCUGUUGGGUGCUGUGAUUGGAUCCCUGGUGGUCCAGUGGGGGAAUGUGUGACAUGCAGAUAACUGUAAACUCUCCUUCCAAGCAGCGUUCACGGAGUCAGAUCAGUUUAAUGCCAUGGUUACCUGGCGGCAGAGCUCUCUCAUUUAGAAACAUAGAAUGUGACGGCAGAUAAGAACCAUUCGGCCCAUCUAGUCUGCCCAAUUUUCUAAAUACUUUCAUUAGUCCCUGGUCUUAUCUUAUAGUUAGGAUAGCCUUAUGCCUAUCCCAUGCAUGCUUAAACUCCUUUACUGUGUUAACCUCUCCCACUUCAGCCGGAAGGCUAUUCCAUGCAUCCACUACCCUCUCAGUAAAGUAAUACUUCCUGAUAUUAUUUUUAAACCUUUGUCCUUCUAAUUUAAGACGAUGUCCUCUUGUUGUGGUAGUUUUUCUUCUUUUAAAUAUAGUCUCCUCCUUUACUGUGUUGAUUCCCUUUAUAUAUUUCUAUCAUAUCCCCCCCCGUCUCGUCUUUCCUCCAAACUAUACAUGUUAAGAUCCUUUAACCUUUCCUGGAAAGUUUUAUCCCGCAAUCCAUGAACCAGUUUAGUAGCCCUUCUCUGAACCCUCUCUAAGGUAUCAAUAUCCUUCUGAAGAUACGGUCUCCAGUACUGCGUACAAUACUCCAAGUGAGGUCUCACCAGUGUUCUGUAUAAUGGCAUGAGCACUUCCCUCUUUCUACUGCUAAUAUCUCUCCCUAUACAACCAAGCAUUCUGCUAGCAUUUCCUGCUGCUCUAUUACAUUGUGUGGGAGCGCUGGGACUGGGAAGGAGCUCUUAAAGUGCUCUGCACCCCCAGAAGUGUACCACAGGCUUUCUUACAGCCACGCUGCCCCUGUCCUGCCUGCGGCCAUGGCCUUGGUGACCUCCUGGGAAAUCUGGCCCUGCAUAUAGUAGAACUAAGGAGAGUAAUUGCUCUUGGACUUGGCCAAUUCAUAUGGUUCUAAUUCUCAGCUUUGAUUUUUGUUUCUCUGUUUUUGGCUGUUCUUUAGCCCCACUCGUUCCUUUCCUCGAAGUCUUUCCAGUUUGGAGGGCCGCAGUGUUCCUGCGACGCCUGUUCUGAGUCGCAACGCUUGUAGCAGCUCAGCCUUAAGGUGAGUGAAACUGUUUUCACUUGUUCUCUGAUGCAGCAUGUGUUGUCAUGGGUAUUACCUAUUUAGGGAGAGGUUAUGUAGGGUGAACUGUAAUGAGGGUGUGAGAUGUGGUGGCGGGGUGAUGUAAUGAGGGUGUGAGAUGUGGUGGCGGGGUGAUGUAAUGAGAGUGUGAGAUGUGAUGGUGGUGGGGUGAUGUAAUGAGGGUGUGAGAUGUGAUGGUGGAAGGGGGAUGUAAUGAGGGUGUGAGAUGUGAUGGUGGAAGGGGGAUGUAAUGAGGGUGUGAGAUGUGAUGGUGGUGGAAGGGGGAUGUAAUGAGGGUGUGAGAUGUGAUGGUGGAAGGGGGAUGUAAUGAGGGUGUGAGAUGUGAUGGUGGUGGGAUGUAAUGAGGGUGUGGAUGGUGGUGGAAGGGGAUGUAAUGAGGGUGUGAGAUGUGAUGGUGGUGGGGUGAUGUAAUGAGGGUGAGAUGUGAUGGUGGUGGGGUGGAUGUAAUGAGGGUGUGAGAUGUGGUGGUGGAAGGGGAUGUAAUGAGGGUGUGAGAUGUGGUGGUGGAAGGGGGAUGCAAUGAGGUGUGAGGAUGAUGGUGGUGGGGUGAUGUAAUGAGGGUGUGAGAUGUGAUGGUGGUGGAAGGGGGAUGUAAUGAGGGUGUGAGAUGUGAUGGUGGUGGAAGGGGAUGUAAUGAGGGUGUGAGAUGAUGGUGGUGGAAGGGGAUGUAAUGAGGGUGUGAGAUGUGAUGGUGGUGGAAGGGGAUGUAAUGAGGGUGUGAGAUGUGGUGGUGGUGGAAGGGGAUGUAAUGAGGGUGAGAUGUGGUGGUGGUGGAAGGGGAUGUAAUGAGGGUGUGAGAUGUGGUGGUGGUGAAGGGGAUGUAAUGAGGGUGUGUGGUGGUGGUGGAAGGGGAUGUAAUGAGGGUGUGAGAUGUGGUGGUGGUGGAAGGGAUGAAUGAGGAAAGGGGAUGUAAUGAGGGUGUGAGAUGUGGUGGUGGUGGAAGGGGGAUGUAAUGAGGGUGUGAGAUGUGGUGGUGGUGGAAGGGGGAUGUAAUGAGGGUGUGAGAUGUGGUGGUGGUGGUGGAAGGGGGAUGUAAUGAGGGUGUAAAGAAGGCAUUAAGAGGAGUUCCUGGAGAGAUCACUGAAGGUUUUUUUUUUUUUUUUCCCCUUCCCUAGAUCGGAAAGUUCUGUUAUGUCCCAGCAGUGGUCUGGAAGUCAGGACUCCCAGGUGGGCUUUCCAAGUGAUCGAAGCUCUGUUCAGACUGUGAGGAACCGGCGUAGUAACAGUUCUGAAGCUCUGAUUGAGCGCCCACCCCCAACUGAGCUUCAAGGUAAACCUUCCUUCAAGAGUUCAGAAGCCUUAACUGAACGACCUCAGCCAGGACCUAAUUUCAAUCAGUCCCAGCAAAGAGGAGCCAAGUCCCCUGACCUGCGGACACCAAGUGGGGGAACAAGGUUGCCUUAUGAGGAGAUACUGAUGGAUUAUUAUAUGGAGCGACAGCUGCAACACAAUCGAGGGUGGACAGAGCCUGAUGGGCAUUGGUGGGUAGAACCAGAGAGUCCCUGGUGGGCAGAUCCAGAUGGCAGUUCUCAUUACUCCCGACGGGAUGGUUAUUAUGAAGGGUACCCAGGCAGCCCAGCACUGCGAAGCCGUGCAGAGACCCAGCAACGCAAAAAUGCUGCUCGCAACAAGUCAUGUGGGCCCCAACUCUCUGAAGUUAAUCACUUUCAGCAAUCGUGGCACCAUGACAACUUUCAACAGCGACCUCAGCAACAAGUGUCUCACCAGGGGCCACGGUCUCGCAGCCAGCCUCGAGCUCCCCCACCAGAGUCAAUGGAAAGGAAUGUGCACAAAGCCUUAGCCCUAGAAGGGCUCCGGGACUGGUACCUACGCAAUUCCGCAGCCCCUGGGGGCAUGCACCGAAGUCCUGUCCCCCCUCAUCUGCAAUACCAGCGCUACGCUCAGCCUGGGUACCAUGAUGGACAUUACACGACUGGCUCCCCACUCCCCCAUUCAGUCAGUUUUACUGCGGCCCCUCUCCACAGCAGGUAUGGGAUUCUUCACUAGCUACUUCUGCCUCACUUUCUAGGUCACUCUCAGCAUAGACAUAGUGUUUAAGUGCACUGCGUCAUGACGUUUAAUCGUAUCACAUCUCUUAUCCUAAAGAAAGAAUUCACUUUAAUCAACACAGCAAAAUCACUGUGCACAGGGGGAGCAUAGUUUUUCCCUUUAGAUCGCUCUCCUGCCGUGGGGACCACAUGGAUUAAUUUAAAACCAAAACCCGCAAAGAGACAGCGUCGCUUUAAUAUUCACAUUUCCACGGUUUAGUGAAUGCAUCUCAGGGAGGCACGCUAAAGUGGGAAUUUAAAGUCAAUUUAAAUUUUAGGACAAAAUCUUUCAAAAGAGAAGCUGUUUUGGAGGAUGUUUCCAGUUCAGAUUAAAAUUCAUUAGAGUUCCUGACAUUUUACAUAAUCGUGAUCAGCCCUCCCUGUUUAUGUCAGUGUUUCUAGCAUAUUUCCCAGCAUGCCUCUGACAUCUAGGAGAGAGAUGUGGUUACUUAAAGAAUUACUCCAAGCAUUAUUACCACUGACAUUGGUGGUUAAGGUGUGCUCCUCCUUAUUAGAAGUAAUGAAACUAAUCUAUUUUUCAAUUCUUUCACUUCUUACCUGGGGUCCACCAGGGGCCACUCCCUGCCUCCACUACCAACGCCGGAGAAAUGGAAGCUCCUAAGCAAAGUUUAACUCGAGAGUACUCAACUGACUGCUUAGGACCUUCCUGCUCUUCAGAGUUCGAGGAGGCCUGGUUGACCCCAGUUCAGAAGUGAAACCAUUGAAAACCAGUUUGACUAUUUCCAAUAGGGGGAGAGGAGGGGAGGCACCAGGGAAUUCCUGACACCAUUACCACUUCAGCGUACUGUUCUACUAAUAGGGCCCAAGGCAGGACUUGUUUUUUUUGGGGGGGGGGUUUUAUGUCUGUACUGCACUUUCACUAAUUCUGAAUGUCUAAUGCUUCUCUUUGCUCUUCCUCUCCUCCUCGAUUCCAUUUCUCCCCACACCACCACUCCAAAUCCAUUGCUUCGCCAAUUCAAUUAUACGGCUCCCUCGCCACUCCUCCUCCCUAACUCCCUUUAUGUCUCCAUACAUAACUUGUUCUCUCUGAUCACCCUCACUAUCUGCCAUUAUUUCCCUCGCCCAUUAAAAUUAGACACUUCGAUUAUCUUGAUGAGGAACUUUAUAGUCAGACGCUGAGCAUGGCACACAGAGAACGGUCUGCUGAUGGCACUCCUCCAGGAACAUUAGUCUGA